AUGCCUACAUCGUUGGUAGAGUGCACGCUUUUCCCAUGCACCAUGGAGAACCCGGACGACGAGAAGCAACAAUUACCAUCGCCAAUAAGCGGUGACCUUCCGGAGGGUUUGGUAUUCGUGAGCAGUGGCAGCGAAGGUCCAGACGAGGAUGAGGAUCAUGAGGAGGGCGAAAUACAGGACGAAGAUGAUGCGGACGAACAGCAGCCACAGGAGCUGGAGGACAUCAGCUCGGAAGAAGAAUCGACCAUCCGGGAGCGAAUGGCCGCUCUGGAAGCGAUGGACAAAAAGGUUGGCAUGAUGAAGCGAAAGUUUGCAAACCACAGCAAAUACGACUACCUGGAUGUCGAGGAGGUUAUAAACGGGAAGGAAAAUUAUUGCUAUUACUACCCGCAACAUCAGCAUCCGCUGUAUCGAAGCCACAAGCCGUACAAACCUACGACCACGAACAAAGAAGACAAUCGCUACAGCGUGGCUAAACACACGCGUACUGUUGCAACGAAACGAACCGCUGACAAGGUAAAGGAAAAGAGCACGAAACGGUCCUCGCACCGUCGACACAAGCGUCGACGAUAUGCUUCCCGGUCUCCUACACCUUCAGAACGACGUGCCCUAUCGACUGAUUCCGAACCGGAAGCGGUGGUCGAUCGGGAGUAUCUGAAGAUUGCUUGUGGCAUUGGCAAUGGGAAGAAUCAACGACUUUCUAGCAGUAGGAAUCCACUGAAAAAGAAACUUUUCUUGCAAUCAUCAAAACGGAAAAGAAAAACAGAGGUGAAACAAAAUAUUGCUGUCGCGGAAGUGUUGCAAUGUCCUUCUAGCAAUUCCGACAACGAUGCGGUCGUGGUAGACGAUGAUGAAGAAGAGGAGGAAGAAGAGGAAGAGUUGCAACUUCGCUUGCUGGCCCUCAGUACAAAACCGAUCGUGCGAGAAGCGGGACUCAGUGAAAUAAUCUCAGAAUUUCAGAUACCUUCGCCUCCUCCACCGCCAACAAUAAACCCAACAGAGGACAACAGCAUGUCCGACGCGGUGUCAGCAGAAGAACAGGAACUGCGCCUUAUCGCGCUGAAAACGGCCGUACUGAAGAAGCAUGAAUCGAGGAAAAAGCGCAGAGAACUGGACAAUGAGCAACCGUACUCCCCGAGCGAUGAUAUUGUUCUUUCCCCUGUCCGGGAGAUAGCUGCACCGUAUGAUAAUGGAUUGUACAGUGAUGGACGAGAUUCGGUGGAAAUGAUCGAAGAUGAUCCGGAUGAUGUGCUGAUAGUGGAGCCACACUACGAACAAAUCGAUCUUGUCGAUUCAGACGAUAAUGGGAACGAUAUGGAGAUUAGCCCACUUGGCAGUCCGAUCGGCAGGGUUGACACUGUGCAGGAUAUGGAGGAACAUUCGCAGCAACCCAUCGAUAUGGAGCUGGCAAGCAGCGAUAGUAUUAGUAGUGCCCCGUCUCCUGUGUACAGUGGAACUGGGACGGAACACAGGCUGUUGCUCGGGGGAACAGAUUCUUGCGAUUCGGCGCUGUUCCAUCGGAGAGGUGAAAUGGUUCAGGAAAGUCCUUCCGCUACUCCUGACUCAAUGGAGGAAGCGGAAGCGGAAGCUCUAAGACAUUUGCUACUAACAAAGAUGCGUCAGAAGCAAACCAAGAAGAAGGAAGAGGCUAAACCAACUCAGGAAAAAUUACCAUUGAAUGAAGAACGUAUUUCAUGCCAAGUGCAUGAAGAGUUCGAUACUGCCCCGAAAGAAAAUGUUCCUGUAGUAAGUUUCGAAGAUGGUAAACCAUUAUCAGCUUGCGAAGAUGAUCCAGAUCAAGAACUGGCUUCCUUAUCGCCGAAGAUACAUAAAGCUUCCAAUCUAAUCACCGUUGUCGAUCGAACAACGCAACGGAAGCGAAGGAAAAAAUCACUUACGAAUAGCGCUACUGGUCCCGUCGUGGAAGCAGUAGCUACAAAUUCAUCCCCCGCUCCCACUAAUGUACCAUCUGAGCCUGGUGCGCAGUUGAACAAAGUGUCUUCGAUAGUGCACACGCAAAAGCUUGUCAAUAAUCCAAACAAGCUGAUUAACCUGAACCGCACUGCUGCACCAUCACCUCCAACGAUCCUUACGGGGUCACGCACUGAAUCUCCCAAAGAACUAACAAUGGUGGAAACGUUUGUUUCACGACCAGUGGCAAAACUUGUCAUACAGCUGGGACAUUCCGAUUCGGAUUCUGAGGUCGAUUUCAGUACAUCGUCUCCCGAGACGGGUGAUAGUGCGAAUGUUGGUUCGGUUGCGAUAUCCGUAGAGGUUACAACCGGAGCGCCAGCGACAACGACGGUGCGGUUUGAGGAACAGUUGGAUAAGUUUUUGAAAAGUGUACGAAGUAAAAGCACAACCGUGACGACCAAGGAAGAUGGUACCCAAGCGUUGGUGCAACAUUCCGAGCGUGGCGUUUCUUCCAGUGAGAAAAGCUUACCUUCUACGAAACAGCAGCAGCCAAGGAAUGCGACGAAAAAACUUCCAACGAGUGCGAACUCCAUGGCAACGCCAACGGCUGUGAGACACCUAUCGAAAUCGGCUCAGAUGGAGUAUAUGAGACUGGUCGCCCGUAAGGCACAAUUAGAACGUUAUAAGCUUGCACGACAAAAUUCGGCACACGCCUCCUCUAGCACCGUUGGGAAGGAUAACUCAGUUCCUAAGCCAGACACCCGUACACUCAACAAUAGCCCAGUUAGUGAGCAGAAAUCGUACGAACCAAAGGUCGGGAAGAGUCCUGGAAGACGGAAACAAUCGUUUAGUAGCGCUUCCCAGCCCACAUCAGUUACCGAAUCAACAAACGAGGAUCAAGCUACCGUUCAGGAUCCGAUCGAAAGAAAACUGCAACAAAUACGCACGAGCUUACCGAACCUUUCGGAAGCAUCCCGAAACCGGUUGCUCCUAACCGCGGAAAAGCAACUGGAAAAGCACAGCGGCACCUUCUUAAACGAACUCGAGCGGCAUAACGCGACGCUACUGGAGGCGCAGGAAGCACGGCGCGAGCUGUACCAUCUCGAGAAUCGUAUCGAUUUGCUAAAGGAAAAGCUGUCCCUGCUCGAGAAUGUGUACGAGAAACGACGCCAUCGUUCGUACGAUACGUUCUCCAGCCUCCAAGCGACGCGCAAGAAGAUUAUUUUCAGUCGCAAGCGCUCAGGAGAACUGGAACGAAUGUGUGGCCAGAUUGGGCGUAUCAUAAAGGGGGAAACGUAUCAACUGCCAACAUCCUCGAAGGGAGCCGUGGUGCAGCAGCAGUUGCGGAUUUUGAUCGCAGAAACGCAGCAACUCAAAAACAUCCGCAAGCCUACGCUGCACGAAUUUAAGGAAGAGAUGAUUGUCAACCACAAGCGACGAUUGGAGAGUUCCAGCGAACAGCCCCCUACCUGGAAGGUGAAUACGUACGAUAAUGAAUGUGAUGCAGGACCGUCGAUCGAGGCGGUAAACAGCAAGGAAGAUGAUAGAACCGCGGAACCAGAGGAGAUCAAUCCAUCUGAAUCGGUUGGUCCAGGAGAAGAAGCAGCAUCCGAUCCAGUAGCUCACCCAGUUUCUACGGAGCGUGGUGAUGAGUCAUGCACAAAAGAGCCAUCAGAACAAGUUGUGGAAGUAGAACUACCAUCGACGGAUAUUGCAAAUGUUGCAGAAUGUUCAGAAGCUGCUGAGCCAAUGAUUGUACAGAAUGUAACACAAGCAGAUGUUACAGUUGAGGCUGUCGUGGAGGAGGAAAAGGAGAUGCCAAAUAUCGAGGAAGUGCCGCAAGAAGACGAGCCUCUCCCGUGCAUUGAACCGGGUCCGAAACAACGCGAAGAAGACACUAUGAUAGAAGAUAAAGGAAACGUUCCUGGCGAAACGUUCCGAAUUGAAAAGUAUACGUCACCGCUGAUGUCCUUGAAACAAGGUGCACAGAACAUUCCCACCGGUAUCCUAUGUCCUUUUGAGCUCGGAGGUCAAUGCGUUGAUCGGGACUGCAAGUAUGAGCACUUUAACCAACGUACGGCUUGA